UGAGAUCUAACAGGCUGACCACUAUUCUUCUCCGAAAAUGGCAGCCGAAACGAGUUUCUUCCAGUUUGAAGAAAUGAAUUUCAACGCCGUCAUGCACAGUCCCUGGUUCACUGCCAAAGCCGCAGAGGAUGGCUACGUUACAACCCUGGAGUUGGAGGACAUGUAUCAGAGGGGGAUGCAGGAGUCGGAGGAACUGAGAUUUCUCGAAGAACAUCUCUUCAACUCCUCCUCCCCCGAUUUCACCAGCCACCUGGAUCCUGAUGUCUUCUUCAUGGACAUCUUGGAUCCUGAUAAAUGCCAACAAUCGCAGGCAGAAGCAGCUGAUGCUUUGGAUGUUGCUGUCGCUCUCUCAGAAACAGGGGAGGACGCGUUCCUUGAGGAGAUGUGCCAAUUUCCAGGAAACGCAGAGGAGCAGUACUGCCAGCCAAUGGUGUUCAGCCCUUGCUCUGGGGCUGCCGGUCAGAGUAACAGUGACGGAGGCGUCGCCGGCGCCGGCGAGGAGGAAGAGGCGGAGAGCGACGAUCAGCGGAAGUCGGGCGGAUUCAACUGCAAGAACUUGGUGUCGGAGAGGAACAGGAGGAAGAGACUGAGCCACCAAUUGCUGGCUCUGCGCUCUAUGGUUCCGAAUAUCACCAAGAUGGACAAGAGAUCCGUUCUGGUGGACGCGCUGAACUAUCUGCAGGGCAUCCACGAAGAGAUGGAGUCGAUCCAAAAGGAGCUGUCAGAGCAGAGCAGAUCCGAGAUCCAGGAUCCAUGGCCCGGAACCGAUCUGGAUAUUAUGGAGCUCUCGGGGACGCUGUCCGAUCCAGCUGCUGCCGAUUAUCCUAAGUUGGAUUAUUCCACCCGCCCACCUAUUGAGAUAUUGAAUAUCGAGACGGAGAUGCUGGAGGAUCAGAGGUAUGUGGUGAAGGUCAGUUGCCGCGGUGGCACUCGGGCCGCGGCCCGAGCUGCCCAAGCCAUCGAGUCGCUAGGUUUCGAGAUCACACACAGUGCAGUAGAGCGAAUUGGAGAACAGGAGGUUUUGAACACUGCAUUCAUUAAGGUCAAGAAGCAAGUAGCGACAACAGAGGCCAAACUCAGAGAUUGCCUCACCAGCGCAGCACUCAAAUUCGGGUUCUUGCACCAUGACCCCUGACCCCUUGAUCCGAAGCUUGCCAAUGGAGAGACUCUGCAGCAGUUUUCCAUGAAUAAGUAGCAGUUGCCCGUUCUCUUGUUGACGAAAAGCAAGGCAGAACAGAGAGGUCGCAACCGACGCAGCCAUGGAUGUUUUUGGUGCCAUAUGGUUCGGACCCAGUUGGGCCAAGGUCAAAGUUGACUGAACUAGAGUGACAUUCCUGCAGGCAGGAAGACUUCAGUUUUUUUCUUUGACGACCCAUUGAAGUCUGGAUUUUGUUGUUGGACGUGGUUCCGAUCUUAAUCCAUUUCUAAUUUUUUGCAACUUUCACUGGAAAGUUAUUGGGGACAUCCAGCUAGUGCAAGUCCAAACUGCAACCCUAAAAAAAAAAAGUUAUUUCAUUCUCUUUUUUGUUUCUCGUUUGCUUUUAGAUGCAAGAACAGUGGCAUUUGCUGCAGAUUAGGUUUCUGGAACAUACAUGCAAGUGAAUGAGCGGGGACUCAUCCUCAUGAAU